GGGAAGGUGUCAAAGGUGUUAUGCCCUCGAGUUCUGAAGUUCUGGCUGAUGUGGUAAGAGAAAGCCGAAUUGAAGAGUGGAAGAGCAGCCACUUCAUAAGAAUGUCUUCCAAGCAAGCCACCUCUCCAUUUGCCUGUGCAGCUGAUGGAGAGGAAACGAUGACCCAAGAUUUGACCUCAAGGGAAAAGGAAGAGGGCGGUGAUCAACAUGUGGCCUCCCAUCUGCCUCUGCACCCGAUAAUGCACAACAAACCUCACUCUGAGGAGCUCCCAACACUUGUCAAUACCAUUCAACAGGAUGCUGACUGGGACAGCGUUCUGUCGUCUCAGCAAAGAAUGGAGUCAGAGAAUAAUAAGUUAUGUUCCCUGUAUUCCUUCCGAAAUACCUCUACCUCACCACAUAAGCCUGACGAAGGGAGUCGGGACCGCGAGAUAAUGACCAGUGUUACUUUUGGAACCCCAGAACGCCGCAAAGGGAGCCUUGCCGAUGUGGUGGACACACUGAAACAGAAGAAGCUUGAGGAAAUGACUCGGACAGAACAAGAGGAUUCCUCCUGCAUGGAAAAACUACUUUCAAAAGAUUGGAAGGAAAAAAUGGAAAGACUAAAUACCAGUGAACUUCUUGGAGAAAUUAAAGGUACACCUGAGAGCCUGGCAGAAAAAGAACGGCAGCUCUCUACUAUGAUUACCCAGCUGAUCAGUUUACGGGAGCAGCUCCUGGCAGCGCAUGAUGAACAGAAGAAACUGGCAGCCUCACAAAUUGAGAAACAACGGCAGCAAAUGGACCUUGCUCGCCAACAGCAAGAACAGAUUGCAAGACAACAGCAGCAACUUCUGCAGCAGCAGCACAAAAUUAAUCUCCUGCAGCAACAGAUCCAGGUUCAGGGUCACAUGCCUCCGCUCAUGAUCCCAAUUUUUCCACAUGACCAGCGGACCCUGGCAGCAGCCGCUGCCGCCCAGCAGGGUUUCCUCUUCCCCCCUGGAAUAACAUACAAACCAGGUGAUAACUACCCUGUACAGUUCAUUUCAUCAACAAUGGCAGCUGCUGCUACUUCUGGACUCAGCCCUUUACAGCUCCAGAAGGGUCAUGUCUCCCACCCACAAAUUAACCCAAGGCUAAAGGGCCUAAGUGACCGUUUUGGCAGGAGUUUGGACACCUUUGAACAUGGUGGUGGCCACUCUUACAACCACAAACAGAUUGAGCAGCUCUAUGCAGCUCAGCUGGCCAGCAUGCAGGUGUCACCUGGAACAAAGAUGCCAUCGGCUCCACAGCCACCAAACACAGCAGGGGCAGUCUCACCUACCGGGAUAAAAAAUGAAAAGAGAGGGACCAGCCCUGUAACUCAAGUUAAGGAUGAAGCAGCAGCACAGCCGCUAAAUCUCUCUUCCCGACCCAAGACAGCGGAGCCUGUGAAGUCCCCAACAUCUCCCACCCAGAGCCUCUUCCCAGCCACCAAAACCAGCCCCGUUAAUCUGCCUAACAAAAGUAGCAUCCCCAGCCCCAUCGGAGGAAGCUUGGGAAGAGGAUCCUCUUUAGAUAUCCUGUCCAGUCUCAACUCCCCUGCCCUGUUUGGAGAUCAGGACACAGUGAUGAAAGCCAUUCAGGAGGCUCGGAAGAUGCGAGAGCAGAUCCAGCGGGAGCAACAGCAGCAACAGCCACAUGGUGUUGAUGGGAAACUGUCCUCCAUGAAUAAUAUGGGGCUGAACAACUGCAGGAAUGAAAAGGAAAGAACACGCUUUGAGAAUCUGGGGCCCCAGUUAACAGGAAAGUCAAGUGAAGAUGGGAAGCUGGGCCCAGGUGUCAUCGAUCUUACGCGGCCAGAAGAUGCAGAGGGAAGCAAAGCAAUGAAUGGCUCUGCAGCUAAACUACAGCAGUAUUAUUGUUGGCCAACAGGAGGUGCCACUGUGGCUGAAGCACGAGUCUACAGGGAUGCCCGCAGCAGGGCCAGCAGCGAGCCACACAUCAAGCGACCAAUGAAUGCUUUCAUGGUUUGGGCGAAGGAUGAGAGGAGGAAAAUCCUUCAGGCCUUCCCCGACAUGCAUAACUCCAACAUUAGCAAAAUCUUAGGGUCUCGCUGGAAAUCCAUGUCCAACCAAGAGAAGCAACCUUAUUAUGAAGAGCAGGCCCGGCUAAGCAAGAUCCACUUAGAGAAGUACCCGAACUAUAAAUACAAACCUCGACCGAAACGCACCUGCAUUGUUGAUGGCAAAAAGCUCCGAAUCGGGGAGUACAAGCAGCUGAUGAGGUCUCGGAGGCAGGAGAUGAGGCAGUUCUUUACCGUGGGGCAGCAGCCUCAGAUUCCAAUCACCACAGGAACAGGCGUUGUGUAUCCUGGUGCUAUCACUAUGGCAACAACCACACCGUCACCUCAGAUGACAUCUGACUGCUCUAGCACCUCGGCCAGCCCAGAGCCCAGCCUCCCUGUCAUCCAGAGCACUUAUGGUAUGAAGACAGACGGCGGGAGCCUCGCUGGAAAUGAAAUGAUUAAUGGAGAAGAUGAAAUGGAAAUGUAUGACGACUAUGAAGAUGAUCCCAAAUCAGACUAUAGCAGUGAAAAUGAAGCCCCUGAAGCUGUCAGUGCCAACUGAGGAGUGUUUGUUUGCUGAAUUAAAAUACUUUGACAUUUCACCUCCCCUCCCCCAACAAAAAGUUCUUAAAGAGCCCGCAUGCAUUUGUGGCUCCACAAUGACAUCAGCAGAAUGGUCUUAAUUGUUUCGUAAAGUGUGAGACAGAUUCAGUUUUCCCGGAUUUUUCAUGAACUUGAGUUUUUGUCGUUAUUGUUGUUGUUGUUGUUUUUUUAAUUUAGGUGAAGACAUAUUAAAUAUGAGACACCAGGACUUGAAAACUUAUCUCAACCCA